AAUCCGACAUGAUAUUAAAAGGCUGAUUGUGCUGGCUGGCUGCUGACCGCCCUCGACCACCUUCGUGUGCCCGACCAUCUCGUUGUCUCCCUGUUGUGCUUACUGGUCAUCGGUUCAAGCAUCGGAGUCAUGUAUAUUCUCUUGCAAUUCCUCGCGCUUCUCUCUGUCGUGACAUGGGGGGUCGGGGCUUCUCUACUAACAUCUGUCUCCCGACUGAGUCCUGACGGGUACGACUUCAUCAUCAUUGGCGGCGGCACAGCGGGAAGUGUCUUGGCCAAUCGCCUGUCCGAGAAUCCCAAAAUCAAGGUUCUGGUCAUAGAAGCGGGGAUCAGUAACGAGGACAUUCAAGAUGUUGAAAUACCUUUCCUUGCCACAGCGCUGCCUUCAACUAGGGUUGAUUGGAACUUUACGACAACUGCUCAAGCCGGCCUCAAUAAUCGUUCGAUAGAGCUGGCGAGGGGUUUCGUCCUUGGAGGAAGCAGCAGUAUCAACUUCAUGACAUGGAACCGUGGCUCGAAUGACUACUGGGAGUCUUUGGCAAAUGCAUCUCACGACCCUAUGUGGUCCUGGCCCGCAGCUGAGUAUUACUAUUUGAGGACUUCUACGCUUGUCCCUCCCUCUGAUGGCCACAAUACAACAGGAGAGAUCGAACCGGAAGCUCAUGGGCAGGAAGGACCUGUGAAGGUCAGUCUGGCUGGGUAUAGAACAGAACUCGACCAGCGCGUUGCGGAUUCUGCCUCGAUUCUUGGCGGCCGAUUUGCUUACAACGAGGACUUCAAUACUGGGAAAUCAAUAGGUCUUGGCUAUGUCCAGAACGCUAUAGGAAAUGGGAGUCGGAGCAGUGCUGCGACAGCGUACCUUCUACCCAUUGUUGAUCGUUGUAACGUAGACGUCAUUGUCUCGACCCGCGUUACCAAAAUAUUGGGAUCAAGCGUGGCUUCCGAGAUCGACACAGUCGAGAUUUCUCAGAGCGCAAAUGGCACCCGCACGAAAAUCCAAGCGAAAAAAGAGGUGCUACUUAGCGCAGGAGUGAUCGGAACGCCUCAUCUUCUUUCGCUUUCCGGAAUCGGGCCAGGAGGCAUUCUGUCAGACCUAGGCAUAGACGUCAUUGUCGAUGCGCCGGCCGUUGGUGCCAACCUCGUUGAUCAUCCACUGGUCGCGAAUUACUUUACGGUUGAUUCAAACAACACAUGGGAUCCCAUCCUGCGGAACAGCACCUUAUUUGCGGACGUUCUCGAAGAAUGGGAGACAGAAAGGCAAGGUUUAUUCGUUGACACACCCGGGAACACGCAAGGAUAUUUUAAGUUGCCAACUUAUCCCGGGGGUGUGGAUCCAUCAACAGGGCCGCUGUCGGCAAAUACGGAAGUCAUAUUUUCGAAUGGAUUUGCGCCCUUUGGGCCAAUGUCCUACCCUGCCAAUGGCUCAUACAUGAGUAUUCUUGCAGCCGUUGUCUCGCCGACAUCACGAGGAACGGUUACCGUUAACUCCACUGACCCUUUCGCUGCACCAGUGAUCGAUCUCGGCAUUCUGAGCACCGAGUUUGACAUAGUGGCUAUGAUACAAGUUAUUAAAGACAUCCAGACCAUACUCGCCACUUCUCCUUGGGAAGGAUACGUCACCGGUAUCUAUGGAGAUCUAGCAAAUGCUACCACGGACGAUGAAUUGACGGAUUUUAUUCGCAACAAUGCGGUAAUAGUAAACCAUGCAAUUGGGACAGCAAAAAUAGGUGAGGUGGUGGACUCGCAUCUCAACGUAAUAGGUGUGUCAGGACUUAGGGUUAUCGAUGCCUCUAUUCUCCACACAAUUCCCGAAUGUCACCCGCAAGCUAUCAUUUACACGAUUGCUGAACGCACGGCGGCGCUAAUCAAGCGUCAGUACGGUAUCUGAAGCGAGGGACUAUUGCUGAUUUAUAACGAGGCCAUCUUUAUUUUGCAUUUAAUGGCGGUACUGUACCUUAACCGAUACUUAGGGAUAAGAAUGAACUCGGCAUAAUGGGCUCAUACACUGAUUGAUAU